UGAUAUGUCGAAAAUGGCGUCGUCUCCUGAAAUGGCGUUGAUAUUAAUAACAUUAUCAAUUCUUUCAAAUGAUUUAACAAACGCAGUUACUAGCCCAGGAACAGUAUCAACACAAAGAGCUGCAACAAGUGAUAUAACAAAUUUAAAACCCAACUCCGAGCCUGCGGUCACAGCACUAUAUGGCAACUCAACCGAGGCAACCGCAGCGACUUCGGGAUCAUUAAAAACAAUAGCCGAUCACACGGAUGCAACUAAUGUGACUGAAAUGAUAACGGAAUUUGUAACGGAAUAUUAUACCAUUAAUAUCACUGAGGUCCCAACUGAGGAGAGCAGCAUAAACACCACUGAGACAUAUACAGAAUUCAUCACUGAAAUUCAAACGGUUACCGAAGUCGCCACUGAAUUGAGUACCAACGACACAACAGAGGAGAGCACUAUGAACAUCACCGAGACAUACACAGAAUUUAUCACUGAAAUUCAAACGGUUACCGAAGUCGCCACUGAAUUGAGUACCAACGACACAACAGAGGAGAGCACUAUGAACAUCACCGAGACAUACACAGAAUUUAUCACUGAACUUCAAACGGUUACCGAAGUCGCAACUGAAUUAAGUACCAUCGACACAACAGAGAUUGUCAGUGAAAUUGUGACAAUGUAUUCCACUGAUAUUAUAACGGAUGAUACAACAGAGGUCCCCACAACAAGCUUGCCCACUGGAACGGAUUAUGUUACUGAGGUAACUUCAGAGACAGAUUUUAUGCCUACGGACACAUUUAUGACGACAGUUGAUGAAUCUUCUAACCUGACCACUACGAGAAUCUCCAACGUGACUGUUAACCAAACUUUUGAGACAACCGAAGCAACCGCGACAGAACUCACUUCCGUAUCUGAAGCGACACCAGAUAACACAACCUCGCUUUCGACCGCCAACUCCACCGGCGCCACUGCUUCUCCAGCAUCUACCAAUUCAAUAUCUACAGGAGUCACUACGCCACUAGAAGGAUCAACCUCGGCCCUGAUGACUACUUCUGAAGCAACCAUCACGACAGAUCUCACUACUGUAUCUGAAACGACACCAGAUAAAACAACCUCGCUUUCCACCGUCCACUCCACCGGCACUACUGAUUCACCAGCAUCGACCAAUCCAAUAUCUACAGGGGUCACCACGCCGGUAGAAGGAUCAACCUCGGCCCUGAUGACUACUUCUGAAGCAAUCAUCACGACAGAUCUCACUACCGUAUCUGAAACGACACCAGAUAAAACAACCUCGCUUUCCACCGUCCACUCCACCGGCACUACUGAUUCACCAGCAUCGACCAAUCCAAUAUCUACAGGGGUCACCACGCCGGUAGAAGGAUCAACCUCGGCCCUGAUGACUACUUCUGAAGCAAUCAUCACGACAGAUCUCACUACCGUAUCUGAAACGACACCAGAUAAAACAACCUCGCUUUCCACCGUCCACUCCACCGGCACUACUGCUUCACUAGCACCGACCAAUCCAAUAUCUACCGGGGUCACCACGCCGGUAGAAUCAACCUCGGCCCUAAUGACCAGGAUGACUACUUCUGAAGGAAGAACGACCGAAUCAUUCUCAGCAGGUGUGACCACUGUCUCUGCAUCUACGUCUGUAGAAAGAACAACAACAGCUACAACCACGGUUCCGACUACGGCAACUACCGAUUUAACGACAACAGAAUCAUUUACCACAGAAGUAUUGUCUACCACACCUGCAUCCACGUCAAUAAAAGUUACAACUACGUCUCAGACAACUGCCCCAAUCGCCCCAACAACGAUAACUGCUUAUCCGACAUCAAUCCCGCCAAAAAGAACGACCUUCCAGCCGACCACCACUACCACGACUACCACUGAUUCAGCAACGACUGCAAGGUUUUCGACAAGGGUUACAACUGCCUCUGCAUCCACGCCAAGAAAGGAAGCAACGUCGAGGUCAACGAUGCGUUCAACAACAUCCAUGGUCGAAACCACCACGGAGAUUCGAAUGACGACUAAGAGGACGGUUGAUGAUGAACUAAAAGAACUCGAGGAGACUCCUGUAACGGAGGAGAAUGUCGAGGAAGUCUCGCAGGAGCUGGCUGAACUUACUGAAGAUGCAGAGGAAAUGACGUCAGAUGGAGUGGAGACCACAGCUGAAAUCCUAGGAAACAUCACAGCACUGAACUCAUCAGAACCUGAGGUAACUACUGCUGUUGUGGAAACAGUCAACAAUCUUAUGGAUGUCGAUGAGGCUCAGCUAGAAGAAGCAGCCAAUGAAGGAGCUACGAACAUGGCCGUGCAGUCCCUUGAAGCACAGCUUCAAUUCGUUAAUGUGUCAGCAUCAAAUGGAACAUAUAAGGAUGUCCAGCCAAAUCUUGGAGUACAGGUCAGUGAAUAUCCACCGGAAGAACUUACGGAAGGCCUGACCUUUACCUACGCUACGAAUGACCCUGAAGGGGUACUUCUGCCCGAACAUAUGAUUGUCUCUAAAGGUAACUCCACUGCGAAGACGGGGUCAGAACAGGUACAGGCUCAACUCUUUCUCCCUCCAUCUAUCGGAGAAACGAUCCGGAACAAGAACAACACUCGGGUGUCAUUCGUGCUCUAUCGGACAACUUCGCUGUUUCCCUCUCGGUCGUUGCUUGCUUCUAAUAAGGGCAAGGCAUAUGAUCGGACAUCGAAUACUCGUAUCAUUUCUGCGUCUAUCGAUGGGAUGACCAUCUCUAACCUGUCAGAACCAGUCGUGACGUCAUACCAGCCGAUCAUUGGCAUCAACGACACGCUCAGCGACGAUGAAAUCGUUGUCAAUAUCACCAACCCCGCGUGUGUCUUCUGGGACUUCGAAGCUGAUGACGGCUACGGAAACUGGUCAUCAGAAGGAUGUCAACUGGUAGGAACGGACAACGGUACCGAUGACGAGUUUCGAUGUCAGUGCAAUCAUCUUACGAACUUUGCCGUCCUCAUGGACAUCUACGGAGGAUCGACGCUGAAUGAGUAUUGGACAUUCAUCCUUGACGUCAUGAGCUAUGUUGGGUGCAGUCUCUCCAUCUUCCUUCUCUUGGUUACCCUGUCAACUUAUCUUUACGUAAAGAAACUGCGUACUCCUCAGCCGAGUCGAAUCCUUAUGUGCCUCUGUACAUCACUUCUCUUCCUCUACAUCUUCUUCAUCAUCCUUGCAUCACUUAAGAACGUUACCAUGGCAACAUGUGGUACCAUCGUGGGAUUUCUUCACUUCUCCCUCCUCUCUUCCAUUGCGUGGAUGGCCGUGGAAAGCUUUAACAUGUACAUCAUGGUCAUCAAAAUCUUUGACCGAGGGGCUAUUCAAAAUUUCAUGAAGAAGGCCGCUGUUUUUACGAUAGGCGCACCGGCUCUGAUCGUUAGCCUAACUGGAGGAAUCGCUCAACAAGGCUAUAUGAGAUAUGAAGAUGGGUUAUGUGGUUUCUUGACCGAGAUUCCAAUGAUAAGUGGAGUACUUGUUCCCAUCGGAGUAGUCAUCAUCUACGAUACCAUCAUCUUCAUCAUGGUUAUCCGGCGUCUAUCACGUAAGGUCCCUGGAAGACAGGUCACCAAACCUAUGUAUAAAGAGCGCCUCCGUCGUCUUCAGAACGCAUCGGCUCUUAUCGUACUGAUGGGUUUGACAUGGGCAGUUGGAUUCCUCACAGCAAUAGAGGGUGCAUCUUUAGCCGUCCAGAUAAUCUUCAUCAUCUUAAACUCACUCCAGGGCUGCUUCCUGUUUAUCUUCUACUGUCUCCGCAAUCCUGCCGCGCGUUCCCUAUGGAGGAAGCUGUUCUGUCGCUGUCUGCCUCCCGUCGAGGAGUCUACAACUCGAGGAAGCAGCAAUGGAUCCCGGUCUCGUACACCCUCCACACCGGAUGAUAACGAACGGAAGAAAUGGUAUCAUGUAAAGGGUAAAGGAGGGUUUUAUGACCUCACAAAGGGAGGGAAGCGGGGAAAGACAUCAGAGGCAUCAUCGACAUAUGAGCUGGCAUCGGAAUCGAUGGUGACCUCCAACGAGCAGUUCUACCGAAAACAUGCUUCUCGCUCCGAUGUCACGGAUGACGUUUUUGAAGAGGGGAUCGAGAAUGGGGUCGAGACUGCUUACGAACACGACGAAGUCGACAAUCUUUGAAAACUGUGAAACUAUGAAUAUCCCGCGGCAAGAAUGUAACGUCAUGAUGAACCCCGCACACAGAGAUUAUUUAAAAAACACAUAAACUGUCUCUGAACUGCCGUUUUCCUCCAGUAUGUGAUUUUAUCAACACUUUUUUUUUUACCAUGUAUUACACGAUUGACAGUUUUAUGAACAGUAUUUUUUCAUUAUUUUUUGGACAAAUUGUUAUCUUGUUAACUUUGAGUACCAUUUGCGUCUUUAAUGUCUUGUUAGAUAUCGCUUGUAUUAUAGUUCCCACAAUUUCAUAAUUUGUUUUCUAUAGUGUGCUUAUUCUGCAUUUACCGAUGUCAGUAUUUAUUCAAAUACGAAAUGUGAAAGCUGGGCUUUCUGAUGAUUUCUAUGGCAAAUUGCAUUUGGUUAUAGAAAUUGUUUGGAAUGUUGGAAUGAAAUAGAUUGGUCAUGAACGGAAUAUUAACGUAUUAGGCCUAUCACGCCCAUAAAGCCCCUAUUCUGAAACUGCGGCAGUGCGAGACACUUCCUGCAGCGCGCCGGUGAUUUUGAAGUGGAAAAAAAAAUAAACAUUCAAACUUAAUAGGAAAUACACUGAUAAUUGUACUCAUUAAGUCCAAUAGAAGUGCACUGUUAGACGCCCAUCUCAUCCAAUUAAUGAGAAUCACAAUCAGCGAUAUAUUCCAGUUUCCAGCGUAUUGGCUGCCCCUUGCCAUAUGCCACUCCUUGAGAAUAUUUAAGAAAGGGGGAAGAUAUACUUUGUGUAAUAAUUCUCGCCUACAUCACUGGUCUGAAGGGCGUAGGCUAGUUUGAGCAUGGGAAGGUGCACAUCCUGGAUAGAUGGAAAUAGUGUGGUAUGGGGUGCACAUCUUGUGGAGGUGGAACUAAAGUUUGGAAAAUCAGCCGUUGAAAGCAGAAGGGGUACAAAUUCCGUUUAUCUUGCCUGUGUCGGAACUCUUUUGCCUCAGCGGGAGGGUGCAUGCACGUGUACCCCAGUCUACGCCCUUGAUACAUACUUUGAUAUAUUACA